AUGGCGUGGCAUGACUCGCUGCUAGCGAAAGUAGCAGUCCUAGUGGGACCUGUAAUAAUAUUAUUUACACGGAGAUUGAUGCAGAUAUGGUAUUCGUGGAAAGGCGGACGCGAAGUGCGGCAGAGAAAACCCUCAGAGUUAUCUAUCACUCAAAAGCAGCGAGCCAAAGUUGAACAAGUUCAGAAAAAGACCAACUAUGACUCAACACGGAGCCUGCUUGAGAAAUACGCUGAUUCUGGCACCCCGAUACACCGUCGUCUGCAAUCUCUACAGCUCCGUACAUCACUGCCCGCAACCCCACAGGCACGCCUACAAACACCUGUCCAACAAAGGAAUCUACCUCUGCAGCUUUCGCGUACGCAAUUACGUGUCUGCAUAGUUUGA